UUAGAAAGCAUCGCAAUACCUGACGUCAACCUCUCGACAUUCGCUUUAUGGUUUCCCGCUCGGAGCCCACCGGCGGCCUGAGCCACUUGGCUGAAGUCCUCGACAGGACGAGCAUGUCCGGCCUCCUGAACCUCAACAGCCUGGGCAGGAUCUGCGGCUCCAGUCACGGCAGCGACAUGGUGGUUCUGGACCGGGUCAAGAGGAAGAACUCUGUGAGGCGCAUGUCAAUUAUUGAGAAUGGGGAGCUGGCAGAAGUUCUCUACCUCAUUCCUAAACAGUGCAUGAUGGAGCAGCUGCCUUUCAUCAACCCCAAUGACUACAUCCUAUGUGAGAAGCUGGCUGGAAUACCUGCAGAGAUGAUGGUGCUGCACUCUCAGGACGAGCAGCCCAGUCCUCCGGCGGCGAAGCGGGUCAUCAGGUGCAUCAGAUGCGGGGAAGCGUGCAAAGGAGAAGUGCUGCGGGUUCACAGCAGCCAUUUCCACAUGAGGUGUUUUACCUGCAAAGUGUGCGGCUGUGACCUGGCCCAGAGCGGCUUCUUCGCGAGGAACGGCGACCACCUGUGCCCGCUGGACUUCCAGCGGCUUCACGGCACGCUCUGCAGCGGCUGCGGGGAGUACGUGGAGGGGGAGGUGGUCACGGUGCUGGGGAAGACGUACCACGCGGCGUGCUUCGCGUGCACCGCCUGCAGGCGGCCUUUUCCUGCCGGGGGUCGCGUCACAUUCAGCGGGAGCGACCGCCUGUGCCAGCGCUGUAGCCGCCCCGCGUCGCCCACGCCCGGACGCUUCAGCCGUUCCAGUAACUGCUCGGGUUGUGGGAGAGACAUCAAGAACGGCCAGGCUCUGCUGGCGCUGGGCAGCCAGUGGCACCUCGGCUGCUUCAAGUGCAAAGCCUGCAGGAAAGUGCUGAGCGGCGAAUACAUCAGCAAGGAUGGCGUUGCCUACUGUGAGAGGGACUACCAGAGGCAGUUCGGGCUCCUGUGUGAAACCUGUCAGAGGUUUAUAACCGGAAAGGUCCUAGAGGCGGGACACAAGCAUUUUCACCCCAGCUGCGCCAGAUGCAGCCGAUGCGACAGGAUGUUCAAGGAAGGAGAGGAAAUGUAUCUACAAGGAUCCACAAUUUGGCACCCCGACUGCAGAGACGGGAGCAGAGCGGAGGACGGCUUCAGGGUGAACCGGCCAAAAACAUCCUGUCUCGAUUUCUUUUUCCCUCCACGUGAACUCAAGCCCACUAGAUCCUCAUCUGAAAGCUCCUGCUCGCGUCCAGGCUCGUGCACUCCAGGAAGUCCUGGUCGAAGCAUCUGCGCAAAAGUAGAUAAUGAGAUCAUUGAUUACAGAGACUUAGCGGCAAUUCCUAGAGUCAAGGCUAUAUAUGACAUAGAGCAUCCUGAUAUGAUAUCCUAUAAGAAUGACAAGUCACCUGCUUUGGACAACAAAGGCUACAGACAGGACAGGCAGAGCCCUGCAGAGACACAAGGAAACAUAUCUGAAGCCGCUGAGGAGAGCACUGAAAUGAGGCUGCAUAUACCCAAAGCUUCUAGUCACGGCUCCGUGGGCGUUCACUCACUGUACAGUCGUCACAGUUACACGCCAACGCUGUCCAGGUCACCACAGCACUUUCAUCGACCUGGGCUGAAGCUUUCACCCUCUUUAUUCUCUGACAACACCUUCCCAGCCUCCCCUUUAUGUCUCCACUUUCCCCCUCACACCAAAGAUGAAGGUUUCAACAUGUACAGAAAACCUCCCAUUUAUAAACAGCAUGAUCCUAAUUCUUCAUCAUCCCAAACAUGCUCUCUACCAGGAUACGGCCUCAAUGGCUCUAAUCCGCUACUCUCAGCUGAUUUCUCCCAGAGUGACAGAUUCAGAGAUGUAAAGGUACGUGAAAGGACCCCUUUUAGAGUUUUUCCAUUCCCUGUUUGGUUUAUUGCAUUUCAUACUGUAUGUCUGAGCUCUGCUCAUUGUGUGCAUCAGCAUGUUUAGAGAAGUAUGCAGCUUUAACUUAGUUUAACUUUAGCUUGCAUAAAGCCUUAUUAAGCCCUGUGUCCUAUUUAUGCUUUACAUUAAUUCUGCCUUGACCUCUCCCAUAUUUGCAUGUGCUGGCCUCAUCCCAUAGUUUAUCCAUGACCAACAUCCAUUAGCACGAAUGGACAGAGGAGCAUCUUUGCCUAAUUUGUUGGAACCACAAGCAAGUAUUUUUUUAUGGUCAUUCAAAAUUUCCAAAUUCAAAAAACCUUUUUAAUCCCAGAGGGAAAUUGCUUUGCCCACUGAUUGCUUGCACAGACAGUCAUGUUUUUGUUUCUAUUUGUUUCUCUGCAGAAUGAAUGAACAAAUCAUGUUUAGGUGUAGCUUUCUGUAUGUAAUAAUUGACUUACAAAGCAUUCUCAUCCAGUCUUUGUUUGGUAAAGGUCUACCCUUAUGAAAUGCUCGCGGUUACCAACAGAGGACGAGUAAAGCUUCCUAAGGAUGUUGAUAGAACGAGACUUGAGCAUCACCUCUCUCCAGAUUCUUUCUUUGCAAUUUUUGGAAUGAAGAUUCAGGAAUUCGAAAAACUUCC